AAAGAGUGGAAAGGGAGGGAAGAGGAGGAGGUGUGUGAAGAAGAAAGAAGGAAAGAAUUUACUUCAAGAAAAACAAUGGGAUUGUGGGAAGCUUUUCUGAAUUGGCUUCGCAGCCUUUUCUUCAAGCAGGAAAUGGAGUUAUCUCUUAUAGGACUUCAGAAUGCUGGAAAGACUUCCCUUGUAAAUGUUGUUGCUACUGGUGGAUACAGCGAGGAUAUGAUUCCCACAGUGGGAUUCAAUAUGAGGAAAGUAACUAAAGGCAAUGUUACGAUCAAGUUAUGGGAUCUUGGAGGGCAACCUAGGUUCCGUAGCAUGUGGGAACGUUACUGUCGUGCAGUUUCUGCUAUUGUUUACGUUGUUGAUGCUGCUGAUCCAGAUAACCUUAGCAUAUCAAGAAGUGAACUUCAUGAUUUGCUGAGCAAGCCAUCAUUGAAUGGUAUCCCUUUAUUGGUGCUGGGGAACAAGAUUGACAAGGCAGGGGCUCUGUCCAAACAAGCGUUGACUGACCAAAUGGAUCUGAAAUCAAUUACUGAUAGGGAAGUUUGCUGCUUCAUGAUCUCGUGCAAAAACUCCACAAAUAUUGACUCUGUUAUUGACUGGCUUGUGAAGCAUUCCAAAUCAAAGAGUUAAGAAGAACCUACUUUGUGCUUUGAACUCUAAUGUAAUUUCCCGGCGACUCAUUUCUGGAUUUUCUAGAGAGGCAUUUGCAUGUCUAACUCAGAUUGAUUUUUCUUCCCUUUCCUAAGAUGUUUUGCUAUGAUUAUUCUUGUACGAUUGGGAAUUAAACGGGGAAACAUACAUGUCAAAGGUUAGUUCGAGUACAUUUUAUUGUGUAUUAUCGGUGUACCUAUGUAAUUCAAAGAUUCACAUAUGGAACUGAUGGUUGUCAUUCUAAAUUGAUGUCUGUUUCCAAACAUGCA